AUGGAGAGCCGGAAGAUUAAGGUCCAGAGAGCCACCUUGCUGCUCCUCUUCUCCUUGCUCUGCUCCUCCGCCGUGACCAAGCAAGCCGUGCCAGACUGCUGCCGUCAAAAGAGCUGCUCGUGCCACCUCUUUGAGCUGCUGUACGGCACGGGCAACCACGCCGCCGGCAUCCUCACCCUUGGCAAGCGGAGCAGCACCACGGCCACCAAGGCCUUCCAGAGCCGGCUCUAUCAACUCCUGCACAGUUCGGAUAACCAGGCCGCCGGGAUCCUCACCAUGGGCAAACGAGCAAGCGGGUUGGGGCUGGGAAACCCAGAGGAUGUGCAUGGCAGCAAGCAAGUAACGCCAGCGCCAUACUCUGCGGGGCCUGAUCCAGCCUUGGGCUGCCUAGCACCCCUUGAGAGGGACUUGCCACCCAGCCCAAAGAUGGGUGCUUCAGAUACCAUUUACUAAGGUUGUGCAUAUGUCUCAGCAGGGGGUGAAAUUCACCUGAACACCUUCUGCUUUCUAUCUUCGCCGCUGUCAUCUGUCCUUUAAUGCCAGGCAGCUGCUAGGUGCUGUCCCGGAGGUGGCAGCGAUGCGGUUC